AAAAACACCAUGACUACCGAAAAGGAGGUCCCACAACCUCCCCCACCGCCAGGCAGUAUCGUGCCAAAUCCCCCAGAAGACGUCCACGUUAUUGAGGAUGCUCUAGAGAAGAAAGACAGCAUAAUCGACACCAACCAUGACUCCCCUCCUUCCGACACCAAGCAGCAAAAGCCUCAACCUACACUUGGCAAUUACUUCAGAGUCUUCACCUUCGGCACCAAAUUCGACUACCUCCUCAUUUUUAUGUGCAUGUUGACUUCCAUUGGAUCGGGCGUUGCAUUUCCAUUGAUGAAUGUCGUUUUCGGUCAACUCGUGGGAGAUUUUACCAACUACUUCAUGCCCAAUACCACUGUUACUCGACAAGAGUUCCAAGCUUCCGUCAACUCCAGCGCUCUCCUAAUAACGUACAUAUUCAUUGCGCGUUUUUUCUUGUCAUACAUUUCUCUGUUCUCUAUUCGCAUCAGUGGAUUAAGAAUCUCAGCUGCUCUUAGACUGGCAUACCUCAAGGCCACACUCGCUCAGCCCGUCAGCGUAAUGGAUACUAUAUCACCAGGCAAAAUCUCCACGCGAAUCACAACCUCCUCGAAUACCAUACAGGUCGGCAUAUCGCAGCAUUUUGCCAUGAUGUUCCAGUCUCUUGCUUUCACCAUUGGUCUUUACGUAGUGGCCUUUAUCAAGAGUUGGGCCCUUACGCUCAUUGCCAGUGUCGCCCUGCCCUUCAUUCUCAUCCUCUACGGCGCAAUCAUACCGCCCUUCUUCAAGCUGCACAAACUGACCGAGGAACACCACGAAUCCGCCUCUUCUCUAGCAUUCGAGAUGUUUUCUUCCAUCCGCGUCAUCAUCGCGUUCGGUGCCGAAGCAAAGUUGGCGCGACAACACGAGGCGACACUGGAGAAAGCUGCAAAGAAUGCCAGAAAAGAAGCGCCCCUCAUGGCACUCAUGAUGACCCCAGCCAUGGCAGCUCAAUAUGGUACUUUCGGAAUCGCAUUCUGGUUCGGGGUUCGACAAUACAGCCGAGGAGAUAUAACCAACGUCGGUGACAUCGUUGUGGUUUUGUUCAGUGUUAUGCUGGCUGUGAUGAACAUCGGACGGGUUGCAGCGCCUAUCAUCGCAGUGGUCAAAGCCGCAACGGCUGCUACCGAGCUCUUUGCCACCAUAGAUUCUCCUGUGCCUGAUACCUCCGGUCUCCAGGAACCAGAGGUGUCCGCGGAUGUCGACAUCACUUUCAAAAACGUCAGCUUCUCAUACCCCAGCCGGCCGAAUGUAUUGAUCUUGGAUGGUUUCAACGCUAAAUUUGAAGCUGGUAAAGUUACUGCUAUUGUUGGUCCUUCAGGCUCGGGAAAAAGCACUCUUGUGUCUCUUGUUCAGAGAUGGUACGACUUACUCGGCACUACUGCUGUAGAGAAGGAGGCCGAAAAACCAAAGCAGGUUGCGCCAACGGAGGAUAGCGAAAAAGGAUCUAAAAGCAAGAAAAAGGCAAAAGAAGCGGAGAAAACAGCUAAAGACGGAAACGUCGAUGCGGAAGAAGAAGAGAUAGAUCUUGGACCCAACACCUGCACCGGCGCUGUGGCUGCUGGAGACACAGAUAUCCAGAGCAUUGACAUGAAGUGGUGGCGAUCCCAAUGUGGCCUUGUCCAACAGGAACCCUUCCUUUUCAACGACACCCUGUGGGCAAACGUUGCUUACGGUCUAUGCGGCACGAAAUGGCAGCAUGCCCCGCAGGAGGAACAAAAAGCCAUGGUCACUGCAGCUUGCAAAGAGGCCUACGCGGAUGAAUUCAUCAACAAGCUACCUGAAGGGUAUGAUACACUGGUUGGGGAGAGUGGCAUAAAACUCUCAGGUGGCCAGCGACAGCGGGUUGCCAUUGCUCGAGCUAUUGUCAAGAAUCCUCCCAUUCUUAUCCUCGAUGAAGCCACUUCCGCCAUUGAUGUCCGGACCGAGCGAAUUGUGCAAGCGGCUUUGGAGCGGGUCUCAGCGGGUCGAACCACAAUCGUGAUUGCUCAUCGUCUGUCCACCAUCAAAAAGGCAGAUAAGAUUGUGGUUAUGGGUAAGGGUAAACUAGUAGAAGAGGGAACCCACGAGGAGCUACUCCGAGAUGAAGACGGCAUAUACUAUGGACUCGUCAAUGCUCAAAAGAUCGCCCUAGAAUCCGAAGAAGAAAACAACCUCGAAGACACUGGGUUAACGAAGACUGUAACUGCUGAAGCACAGCAAUCUGACGACAAACAAGAGAUGCAUGCCGUAGUCGAAGAAAAAGCGUACAAGGAGAAGGGGUUUUUCCGCAGCGGCGGGAAGCUCGUCUACGAGCAAAGACAGCAUUGGUUUCUCUAUUUUCUUACGACAAUAGGGAUCCUGGCGGCUGGCGCUGUCUAUCCUCUGCAGGCCUAUAUCUUCGCCAAUGUUAUCAAUGUUUUCACCCUUCCGGGUCCAGAGUUGGUCGACAAGGGCUACUUCUGGGCAGGGAUGUUCGGCGUGGAAGCAGCGGCUGUUUUUGCUGCAUACUAUACGAUAGGAUUCUGCACGCAUAUAAUAGCCGUUUCCAUCACGCGGCGCUAUCGACAGGAGUAUCUGGAGAACUUCAUCCGCCAACGUAUAUCAUUUUUCGACCGGGAAGGAAACUCAGUUGGAACACUCACCUCGAACGUCAGCGCGCAUACCGAAACUCUCCAAAAGUUGAUGUCUACUGAGAUGUCCCUGGCUGUCAUUGCAAUUGUCAAUAUCAUUGGCUCGCUCAUCAUCUCGUUCAUCUACGGCUGGAAGCUGACCCUCGUUGGUUUGUUCGCCACACUUCCCCCAAUCUUGCUGGCCGGAUAUUUCCGCAUCAAGUUGGAGAUGGAGUUUGAUCAGAUGACUGCUACGGUUUUCGCGGAUAGCUCACAGUACGCUACAGAAGCUGUUGGGGCUUUCCGUACAGUGUUAUCUCUGAAUCUGGGUGACGUUAUCAGCGAGCGAUACAACAGCCAGCUUGGCGAUCAUGUCAAGAAAGCUUCCGCCAAAGCUAGGUUGGGCACGUUGAUAUUCGCGGCUUCCGAUAGCGCUGAAAUGGGAUGUACUGCCCUGGCAUUCUGGUACGGCGGUACCCUCUUAGCAUCUCGCGAGUACGACCUGAUCCAAUACUUCAUCAUAUACAUGGCUGUCGUUCAAGGAGCAGUGGCAGCAGGCAUGUGGUUCUCUUUCUCGCCCAAUAUCGCUCAAGCGACAACAGCCGCGAAUAGAGUCCUCAGCCUCCGACCUGAUUCAAAUGCUCCGCCGCCGAACUACGCUCCCAUUGAAAACCCCGACUCCGGCGCCGGUCUGACGUUCCAAAACGUGCAUUUUACCUAUAAGUCCCGCUCAACUCCCGUUCUAGCCAACCUGAAUCUUGAAAUCGCUCCCGGUCAAUUUGCAGCUCUGGUAGGCGCAUCCGGCUGUGGCAAGUCCACGACAAUCUCCCUCCUCGAGCGGUUUUACGAUGCAAGCGCCGGAGCCGUGUUGUACAACGGUCAAGACAUCACGACUCUCGACCCCUCCGAAUAUCGCAAGAACAUCAGUCUCGUCAGCCAGGAACCCACCCUCUAUGAAGGCACGAUUCGCGAGAAUAUCGCUCUCUCCGUCGACAGCGCCACCGAAGCCGAGAUAGAAGCCGCUUGCGCCGACGCACAGAUCCAUGAAUUUAUUGUCUCCCUCCCAGAAGGCUACAACACGCGAUUGGGACCCAAAGGUAUGUCGCUCAGCGGUGGUCAGAAACAGCGUCUUUCGCUCGCCCGCGCGCUCCUCCGUCAUCCCAAGGUGCUACUUCUCGAUGAAGCCACCAGCAGUUUAGAUUCGGAAUCCGAGAAACUAGUCCAAGAAGCCAUCGAGCGCGCUGCAAACACAGGUCAGCGCACCAUCAUCGCUGUUGCGCAUCGUCUGGCUACGAUUCAGAAGGCGGAUGUUAUUUUCGUACUGGGAAGCGGCAAGGUUUUGGAGAAAGGAGAUCACCAGAGCUUGUUGAGAAAGAAGGGUGUUUAUUACCAAAUGUGUCAGGCGCAGGCUUUGGAUCGUUGA